AUGCGACAGAUCAGCUUGACAAUUAUCCUGGAAACUCUGUCCCUGCUUGCCUGUCGGUAUUCCGUCGUGGACCGUUUGCAAAAUGUGCCGGAUGGGUGGAUGCGACAGUCCGGUCCUGCAUCAUCAGCUCCGAUGAGAUUCUGGCUGGCGAUGCGCAAGCCGGACUUGUCCGGCUUUGAAGAGCAGGUGAUAGCCUGGUCGACGCCUGGUCAUCGUGACUAUGGCCGCCAUCUGACAAGGGAAGAGCUUCAGGCGUCUAUGCGCCCUUCCGACGAGGCCAUAGCCAAAGUUCGUUCAUGGCUGGAAUGGGAGCAUGUACCAGCGGAGUCUAUCGAAGAUCGCGGUGACUGGCUCGCGUUCACCAUUCCUUUAUCGCAGGCAGAGUCGAUGAUGAAGACUCAAUUCUACCACUUCUACCACCCAAAGACGCAGACAACAACGGUCCGGACGCUCACGUACUCAGUGCCAGAGGAGAUUUGGCCGUUCGUCCAGCUCAUUCAACCUACAACGCGGUUCGGCUCCCCACAAGCCCAGGACAGCCCAGAAACCAUGGUGCCGGUCGCUCUCACUGCAGAGGACUUGGCGGGCAACUGCUCGAUGAUAGUGACCCCCACUUGUUUGCGGCAGCUCUAUGGAAUAAAUGACACCGAUAUCACGCCCGAUCAGCGCAACCGGCUGGGUAUUUCGGGGUUUUUGGAGGAAUAUGCACGUUACGACGAUCUGGAGCAGUUCCUUGCAACGUAUGCGCCUGAUCAAGCCGACGCCAACUUUUCGGUGGUCUCGAUCAAUGGCGGGCGUAACCUACAGUACUCGCUUAGUCCGUCUAGUGAGGCCUCCCUCGACAUUCAAUACGCGCUGUCACUGGCAUACCAUGCAUCCGCUGUCUACUAUACCACUGGUGGGCGUGGCCCGAUGGUGCAAGAUUCUGGGGCGUUGACCAUCGAUGACUCGACGAAUGAGCCCUAUCUGGAGCAACUGCACUAUCUCCUUAGCCUGCCAGAUAAAGACCUUCCAGCGGUCCUUAGUACCUCCUACGGCGAGGAAGAACCAUUGGUACCAACGGCGUACGCAGAAGCCGUCUGCAACCUCUUUGCACAGCUGGGCGCACGGGGACCCGUCUUUCCAGCGUCCUGUCCCUUUGUGACGUCAGUGGGAGGCACGGAGGGGAUUAGUCCAGAGUCGGCAAUCUCAUUCUCUGGUGGUGGCUUCUCGGAAAUCUUUGCUCGGCCUUCCUACCAGGAUUCCAGCGUCACAAGCUACCUGCAGGGCCUGGCAAGCAGCUUCGAAGGGUUGUACAACCCUCAGGGACGUGGCAUUCCUGAUGUUUCCACGCAGGCCAACAACUUUGUUCUUCGCGACAAUGGUGAGUGGAUGAAGACCGGGGGUACCAGUGCUGCGGCGCCUGUCUUUGCUGCCAUCAUCACCCGGCUGAAUGCAGCGCGGCUGGUGCAGGGCAAGUCGACGCUGGGAUUCUUAAACCCGUGGCUAUACUCGCUCAAACAGAAGGGGUUCACUGACAUUGUCGAUGGAGGAUCUGUUGGUUCGCCAGCGUCCCCCAAAAUGGCCACCGACCUCCGCACACUGCUCACAGAGCUCCACAACAGCCUGAACGCACAUAACCUCGAAAAAGCCAGCGCGCUCCUCACAACCGCCAAACGGGCACUCCUACAGCACAACUCCCUGCUGCCAACAGCAUCCACCCCACCCGACCUCAUCCCCGUGGCCCGCGAGAUCCUCGAGCUGGGCGCCCUCGCCUCGAUCCGCCAAACCGACGCCCCGGGCUUCACGCGCUACUACCAACAGCUCCAGCCGUUCUACGAUCUAGAGCGCCAAACGAACCCCGCCUCCGAUGAGAAGAGCAGCACCAGCAGGGGUGGCGGCAGCAAUAGCCAACGCAGCAAGAUCACAGGGUUGUAUUUGCUGUUGCUGCUGAGUAUGGGCGAUAGCACGAGCUUCCAUACCGUGUUGGAAGGGUUGGUGGAAGAAGCGAGCUUGCAGGGUCGCAGCGUCGAGGAUGAUCCGUUUAUUAAGUAUCCUGUGGAGCUGGAACGGAACCUUAUGGAGGGGAGCUAUGAUAAGGUGUGGCGGGAGACGAAUUCUGAGAGGGUUCCUGGGGAGGACUUUGAGUUGUUUUCGAGUGUCCUCGUCGGCACUAUCCGCAGCGAAAUCGCAGACUGCUCCGAAAAAGCCUACCCAUCGUUGCCGAUCUCCAACGCCAAGAACCUGCUUUUCAUGGACUCGGAGGGCGCCGUGAUCGAGUUCGCCCAGCAGCGGGGCUGGGUGCUGCGCGAUGGCCGCAUCUAUUUCCCUGUUGAGCCUGAGGCGGCGGCGCGCUCGGAGAAGGAUAUCCUGGUGGCUAGUGGGACGAUUAUUGAGAAUGCCAUCGGGUAUGCGCGGGAGUUGGAGACGAUUGUUUGA